AGAUAAGCUGCCUAGCUCUCGCUUCAUUCCCCUUUCUGUCACUUCAUCACUGCCCAUCUCCUCUCGAUUUCUCCUACCCGCUGCUGAGGGCCGGCGCUGAGCGAGUUUUCUCCCGCGGCUGCCGACGGCGACGCUCGCUGCAAGGCGUGCCGGCGAGGCUAUCCCCUGUCCCCGUGGACCGCGAGAUCUGCACCGACCGGCUGGUUUCUGCUCCUCUCCGACCGGUGGCUUGUCCCCUGUAGGCGGCCUCCAGAUUCAGCCGCUCGGUACUCUCCCUCACCGCUCGCCGGCGCAGCUCCGGAUCAUUCGCCACGGUCAAUUCCCCUCGCCGACGCUGCGUCCAAAUGUGAUUUGGUUCGUAGCGGGCGGGUGACAUCAAGACCACACCCCCAGGAGUGCGACCUCGAGCUCGACCACGACGACUCCCCCUCCCCACAAGGGUGCAUGUGACCGAGGAGAGCCACCACGAAGCAAAGGGCUGCAGCCUUGCGCUUGCUGCUAGGCUCGGCUGGCCCCAGAUUCAACUACACCAUCUCCCAACCGUAUCACUUGACUUGGAGUGCCUCUUACUAUUAAGUGAAGUGCCAACAAUGGCGGCUUGUGGUGGUUGGUUCGGAGCUACUAUCAACACGGUUAUAGGUCCAUUCUAUAAUCUCUUUGCAAAACAUGCAUUGUAUUGCUUCACUGCUGGCACAAACGUGAUGGACCACAAGAGAGAAGCUAUGGCUUUGAAAGAAAAAGUGGCAGGCCUCCAACAGAAGAUUCGAGAUGACGAGCGUAGGUUGGAAGCCGUGCCAACAGAACAGGCAAGAUUAUGGCUGGAAUCGGCGAAUAGUGCCAUAUCUGAAGAAGAGGAAAACCGUCUGCUGUACGAACAGAGGUACCGAUGUUGGGGAUGCUGCUCCCCAAAUUUUUUGGAAAACUAUAGGAUCGGUAAGCGAGCGGAUGAGCAGCUGAAACAGGUGAAAUCAAUCACCAGCAAUCCACCAGGCGAUAAUGGUAUCACACGCUCGCCAGAUCCACGUCCUGUCAAGAGUAUGCACGUAGAUACUGCUCCAAUACCGCCAAGCAGAUGGGUUAUUCUCCGGCGUGCUCUCCAGUUCAUCGUGAGCAAUGAUCCCAAUGAGGGGAUAGUUGGAAUGUGGGGUCCAGACAAAGAUGAUAACACGAAUCUCCUCAAGCAUAUCAACAAUUCAUUUAUUGAACAAAGUCUCUUCGAUUUUGUUAUCUUUGUUCCAAGCCCAAUUGAUUACUCCGUAACAAAUAUUCAAUCUGAAAUCAUAAGCAGGCUCGGUAUGAAGCAUGAUGGUAAUGAGGCAACCCGAGCCACCAGGAUACGUGAACAGCUUGAGGGCAAAAAUUUCCUGCUGAUUGUGGAUGACCUCCAUCAGAAUCUGGACCUUGGAGCGGUUGGCAUUCCAUAUCCGCUUGGAUUCGUGGGAGAGAAGAAGAGGAAAGUGGUAAUCAUGUCACUAUCAGGAUACAGAUCCGUAGGUAAUCUGGUGGAUGUGAACAAAUAUAUUGAACUGCCUAUUUUACAAGAGGGGGAAGCACGCGAGCUAUUUAGACAGUCAGUAAAUUACCAAGGGGAUCUUUAUUCUGAUCCCAACAUCGGGCCACAUGCUACUGAUCUAGUACGGACAAUAAAUGGCUUGCCAUCGGAACUGGUACGUUAUGGGAAGUCAAUGCGUGGAACAACGGAUGCAAGUUCCUGGAAAGUUGCUAUAGAUGAUGCAGCAAGCAAAUUUUCUAGGUUACGUUCGAUACAAGACACUCUCCAUCUCAUUGAUGAUGAUCCCACGUUGGGAGUAAUUGGAAUAUGGGGUCCAGGUGGAGUGGGAAAAACACAUCUUCUCAAAAAAAUCCAGGGCUUUUUCAGAGAAAGGAUGACUGUUAUAUGGGUGACAGCCUCAAAGGAGUGCUCAGUGUUAAAGGUCCAAACACAAAUUUUAGACAAGUUGAAACUAAAAGGGGACGGUAAUGAGGGAACCCAAAGUGCCAUGAUCCAUGGCUUCCUGGAGAAUAAAAGCUUUCUGUUACUUUUGGAUGACCUUUGGGAAAGAAUUGAUCUGGAAGCAGUUGGCUUGCCACUUCCCCUUGGAAUUGAACCUUUGAACAAACUCAAGAGAAAAGUUGUGCUCACAACAAGAGAUACAAAAAUUUGUGGUGAGAUGGAGGUGAGAAAACAGAUAGAAGUUCCAUAUCUGCAGGAGAAUGAGGCAUGGGAGCUAUUCAGAGAGAAGGUCGGAGACCAAACUAUUUUUUCUCCUGGUAUUAAAGAUCGUGCAAAAAUACUUGUUACUGAAAUGAAGGGCUUGCCUUUAGCUUUGGUAACUGUGGGAAGGGCAAUGUAUGGGAAAUUUCGUCCGGAUCAAUGGGAUUCUGCCAUCCAAUAUAUGAAAAAGUCAUGCUGCAUUGACACAAAUGAAGACCCCCUCAAGAUGGAGGAAGAAGUUUUUAGAAAGAUCAUGUUUAGCUAUGAUAACUUGAAAAGCGAGAGACUGAAGAAUUGUUUCUUGACUUGUGCACUGUGGCCAGAAGAUCAUGAGAUUUACCGGGAAGAGCUCGCUCAAUGCUGGAUUGGCUUAGGUCUAGUGGAUGUGGGGGACAUUCAAAGUCCCUACACAAAAGCUUAUAGUCUGAUGGGUGAUCUUACAGGUGCAUGUUUGUUAGAGGGCUAUGAAGAAUUGAAUUAUCAUGUCAAACUACAUGAUGUGAUUCGUGAUAUGUCUUUAUGGGUCUCUUGUGGCUGCGGUAAGAACAAUGGCAACUGGUUUGUCCGUGCAGGAGUUCGCCCAGAUGAAAAAUUUAGCAUCCCUUGGAGCAGUGCAGAAUACAUCUCAUUAAUGCUCAGCGGGAUGAUGAAACUUCCUUCUGUUGGUGAUCCGCUGAAACUGAGGGUCUUAUGCCUUCAACAAAAUAGGUUGGAUGAAACAAUAAUAGGUGGAGUACUUGUGAAUGCCGCUAAACUGACAUAUCUGGAUUUGAGAAGUAAUCUACUCAACGGGAUACCUGAAAGCUUAUGUCACCUGAUAGAAUUGAUACAUCUUGAUUUGUCAAAUAAUCAUAAUAUAGAGGAAGUGCCUCGCAGCUUUGGAAACCUCAUUAAGCUCAAGUUCCUGUACCUGCAGGACAAUUGCAUAAAAAUAAUACCAAAGGAGGUCAUAUCUAGACUUGAAGCAUUGGAAAUAAUAGAUGUAGAUCUUAGGUGGGUGUCUGAUUGUAUUAGAUCUAAUGUAUAUAGAGAUUUGGGCACACUAAAUCACUUGAAAGUUGUUGUUACAUCGGUAGAACUUUCGGAUGCAUGGACAUCACUUCAUGAUGCGGCUGACCUACCCAUCCGGUCCUUACGUCUGGUACCAUCUGCCCCAAAAAAGGAAUUCAUCCACCUCUAUGAUAUUUUAUCAUUGGACUUCGCACAAAAGACCUUGUAUGAACUGGAUAUUGCAUACGACCAGUGUGUGACAGAUAUAACAUUAAUACAGAGGCCUGGACAACAACCCUACAGUUUUGGUGUUCUCACUGACCUGGCCAUGUGUGAUUUGGAAGCAUUGACAACAGUAAAAUGGAUGGGAACAUCUCCAGCAUCUGUAUUUCCAAGGCUCACUCGUUUGGCAGUGUUAGGGUGCACCAAGCUAGAGCACCUGUCUUGGGCGAUGUAUCUGCCUUGCCUUGAAAAACUCAAUGUACAAUUCAAUGAUAGCAUGCGGAAGGCUUUUACAAGGUAUCAUGUCGACAACAUGUGGAGUGGACAAGAGAGCUCCCAGACAUUUCCUUGCCUCAAGCACCUUGGUCUUUGGACCUGCAAAUUGUUGGUCACCAUUGCGGAUCCUAAUGUGACAUUCCCAUCCCUAGAGGUGCUGGAGAUUGUACGUUGUCCAGAGCUGAAGAAGCUUCCUUUUGACAUGGCCAGUUUGCCACAAAGUCUGAAGGUUCUACUGAUGGGUGAUACUGAAUCCUGGGAGCGAUUGGAACUGGAAGAAGGUGUCAAAUCUUUCCUUCAACCCAAGCUUCAAUAUGAUGAUUAAUAACAUGAGCAAUCUGUCCAUUCCAUUCCAUGUUUCUCUCUGGGCUCAAACAAAGAUACACAAACGUAUCAUCAUCUCGUCUGGGAAUGUUAUCAGGCAUGCUUAUACAGUGUGCACGGGAAAUGCUUCUUUCGUCUCAGAGCUGUGUUGUGUCUUUGCUCCGCAUUUUCCUUUCUCUCUAUUUGAGGUUCAGUUUGGUCAGGUCCUAAGUUGUGAGCUGGACCGAAGUGUUGCCAGAGACGUGAUGUGUUUUCAGUUGUAUGAAACCUGAUAAUCAGACUUGCUGGGCAUCUCGUCUGGGAGUGGUAUCAUGCAUGUUAAGUGCAUCCUAGCGAGAUGCAUCUGUGUACAAUAUUGUAAUCGUACUUUUUUUUUUUUGAACAAGCAAUAUUGUAAUAGUACUGUA